GAGAUGGGUAUCCAUUUUCCUUCCUGGAGAAUCAUCCUUUGUGUUCUACUUGUUUUAGUGUUUGCCAAAGGCAGUAGUUCCAGGAAGACAUGUGACUCGCCUUUAAAAGAAGCAGCAGGUGAUUUGACAGCAAAUUCAAAGGAUAGCCAUCUACUGAUCAAGAAUGUCAUUGAUCAUCAAAUGCAACACAUGGACCCUUCAGACCAUGUUUUCUUCACUGUAGAUGAUCUAAAAGCUGGAAGAAAAAUUCCAAUCUACUUCCCUUAUAAAAACCAUUCUGCUUCUCCCCGUUUGCUAUCUAGAGAAGAAGCCAAUUCCAUUCCUUUCUCUUUAACACAACUCCCUUACCUUCUUGAACUUUUCUCUAUCUCCAAAGACUCUCCUCAAGCCAAAGCCAUGGAAUAUACUCUAAGACAUUGUGAUGUCAAAACCACAGAAAGAGAGACCAAGAUGUGUGCUGCCUCCUUAGAAUCGGUGCUUGAUUUUGUAUGUGCAACCUUUGGAUUGGACACUCAAUUCAAAGCUUUAACUACUAAUUAUCUCACAAACCCGGUUACACAAUUGCAAAAUUAUACCAUUUUGGAAGACCCAAAAGAGAUCCUGCCAGAAAAAAUCGUAGGAUGUCAUGCAAUGCCUUACCCGUAUGUGGUCUACUAUUGCCAUAGAGCAGAAGGGAGGGACAGGCUGUUUGAGAUGUUACUGGGUGGUGAGGAUGGAGAAAGAGUCCAAGCUCCAGGGAUUUGCCAUAUGGACACCUCUAAAUGGGACAGGGACCAUGUGUCGUUUCGUGUCCUCAAAAUGGAGCCUGGAACUUCCCCAGUUUGCCAUUUCUUCCCAGCAAAUAACUUAGUUUGGGUGCCUUUGUCUGCUUGAUAAAAUCUUGGAUGUAAUUGUGCAUUUUUGAAGUGUAAUGUAGUAUUUUUGUCCUACUUAAUAUCAUAUGUGAAAUAAAACAAGUGUGGCGGUCAUCAUGCCCUGCAAACUCUAUUUAGGGAACACCCCCUUCUUUUGAGCUAGAUAGAGGGUCCAUUUAAUCUGUAAUUUGGGAUGGUUGAUUUGUAAUUAUAAAUAAACAAAAGCUUUCCAACGAUCAAGAUAUGGGAUCUCCAUCAGGAGAUCUCAAUUAGCCUUUUCUAUAGUAAAAUGAUGGUCCUGAUG